AUGCACCCUGUUCCCCUACCCCCGUGUCUAACGUUUCUGCUCCGCCCCCUACGAUCUCUGUCCACCACUGCUCUACCAUCCCUACACACUCUGCCGUACCCCCACUACCCCUGUACCCACCCCUAUUGCACCUUCCCCACGCCCCUACUGCACCAUCCCCCACCCCUAUUUAACCUUCCCCACCCCUACUGCACCUUCCCCCACCUCUAUUUAACCUCCCCCACCCCUACUGCACCUUUCCCCACCCUACUGCACCUUCCCCACCCCUACUGCACCUUCCCCAAGCCCCUACUGCACCUUCCCCGACCCCUACUGCACCUUCCCCGACCCCUACUGCACCUUUCCCCCACCCCUACUGCACCUUCCCCCCACCCCUACUGCACCUUUCCCCCCACCCCUACUGCACCUUCCCCCACACCCCUACUGCACCUUCCUAAGCCCCUACUGCACCCUUCCCCUGCCCCUACUGCACCUUCCCCACCCCUACUGCACCUUCCCCACCCCUACUGCACCUUCCCCCACCCUACUGCACCUUCCCCCACCCCUACUGCACCUUCCCUCCACCCCUACUGCACCUUCCCCCCACCCCUACUGCACCUUCCCCCACACCCCCUGCACCUUCCCCACACCCCUACUGCACCUUCCCCACGCCCCUACUGCACCUCCCCCCCCCAUUUAACCUUUCCCCACCUACUGCACCUCCCCCCCACCCCCUACUGCACCUUCCCCCCACCCCUACUGCACCCCCCACUGCAGCUUCCUCACGCCCCUACUGCACCUUCCCCACGCCCCUACUGCACCAUCCCCACCCCUAUUUAA